GACAAAAUCAGAGUUCAUCUGAAGUGACCACAAAAAUUAAUUCAUUUUCUUGCCUUUGCCACAAAAUAAUAUUUGCUUAUUUUUUUGGUGAAAUGUUUCAUGCACAUAAGAGCAAGAAGCACUAUCUCCAUCUUCCAGAUGAGAAAACUGAGUGGAGCUGAUAUGGUAAAGGUCAGCAGUGUGCUGGUUGAACUCUCUUGGCAGGUCCAGCCUGCCGCAGCGCAAGGACGCUCCUAGGUGGGAUGAGAAGAUGUCAUGCCUCAAAUCUCAGGUGAGCAGGAGAAUUGGAGAUUGGCCUUGGCUACUCAGUCCCUUGGACAACCUGCCUCUGCCUGCUCAAGCCUGGAGCUCUGGGAUUGAACUUGGUGCUGUUAUUUAGCUCAUCCCAACCAUCAUGCUUGAACGAAUCUCUACGAAAGAAGGAUAGAAAAGGGACAAGAAAGAGCUAUGGGGUGACCGGGCCAGUUCUGCCAGGAGGCACAUGCCUGUCUGUAAAAAAAGCCAUGCAGUGCUGUCCCAACAGGGUCAUGGUCCCAGUGUGUCAAUGGGAAAGAGGCAAACAGAGGUUACAAUUUCCACUGGAUUCCCAUUUCCUCUUUAUUCAGCUAUCCACCAUCCUACCACCUGACUUCAGACUCUCCACAGCAUUUAGACACGCUAAGCCAACAAACUCAUUGUUUCACCCUGAUAACACAUCAGUUCACUCAUUACUGCAGCAAAAAAAAGUGCAAUGACUGCAUGGAGAAGCACAAACAUGCACUCAUGUCCCGGCACACUGCAGCUAGGAGGCUGGCUGGGAAGUGUGCUCUUCAGAAAGAGUAACAAGAUGUCCCUGGUGCUGUUGAUUUGCACCCUACCAGUGUUCCACGCCUUCCUCUCCUACCUUCCCCCAAAAGCGUGCCUCCUCCACUCCACAAAUGUGACUGGCGCAUGCAGGGACUCAGGAACGCUACUGAGCGCAGACAACCAGCUGGAGGGUCAGUGUUUUCCCAGAUCCCUGGGCAGCCCAGCAAAGCCAGGCUGCACACUCCACCAGUCGGUGUGGGCAGAAGGUUAUUCUCUCCAGGGCAUUUAGGAUCAAUGCACCGUGCACUGAUGGAUGCUUCCCCUAUUGUUCAGCUGUGUGCCUGGAUUGGCUGAAUGGCUGUGGGAAACACCAGCAACCUCGAGACUCACAUAUCUGCUAAACGCUUCGGUGUAUAAAUAGAGGUGGUCAGACACUGCCAGAGCACAGCCUCAUGCUCAGCACAGCAGCCCACGUGGACGGGCUGCGCCCAGGGCUGACAGCACCUGGAAUGGCUCCCAAUAACACACUCAUGAUCCACAUGGAUGAGAAACUGCUGCCAAAAGAGAAGAAUAAACUCAGGAAGCCGGUGGUGGAGAAAAUGCGCCGUGACCGGAUUAACAGCAGCAUUGAGCAGCUGAAGGUGCUGCUGGAGAAAGAGUUCCAGAGACACCAACCCAACUCCAAGCUCGAGAAAGCCGAUGUCCUGGAGGUGGCUGUCAGCUACCUGAAGCAGCAGAGCCAGCUGCAGGAGCCAGCAUUCAUUCACAAGAACCCAGAGCAGGACUUCAACAGCGGAUACCUGCGGUGCCUAAAGGAAGCGAUGCAUUUUCUAUCCUACUAUGAACCCAGGAAGGAAACUCAGGCCCAGCUGCUCAAGCACUUCUGCAAAGCUCAGACGGGUGCAGACAUCACACGCUCUCCUGCCACACGCAGUGCACCUCGAUCACCCUGUGUGUUUGCCAGAAAGCAGCCUGCCCAGAAAACUGCAGCAGCAGCUCAUAUGAUCUGGAGACCCUGGUAGACCUGCUGAUGAACUUUGCU